AUGGAAAGUACUGAACCAACUCCCGAGGCUUUACAGAGAAAGCUUUAUUUUCUCCUAGAACAGCUGCAAGAUAUGGCAAGGGAAUUACCACCCAAAUAUCAAAUGAGAGUACCCAUUGAACUAUUGUCUGGUCUCGCCAAUUGCCUCCUUAAUGACACAGUAUUCGAAAUUGUGAAAGGUUUAAUGGAAAUCCAGCAUUUCACUGAAAAACAUUUAUUUCAACAGAGAUUACAAGUUAUAAACAAACACACAUGUGAAAUUGAGAGUAUGAUGGCUUUAAAUUUAACACCUGAAGAACAGGAAAAGCAAAAGCAAAUUCUAUUAAAGAGGCAUAAGGAGGAACUGAGACAAACUGAUAUGAAAUUAGUUAUUCAAUUAGAUCAAAAGGUCAGCGACCAACAGGACACAUUGGAAAAAGCUGGUGUACCUGGAUUUUUUGUAACAACCAAACCAAUAGAAAUCAAAGUACAGAUGUAUUUGUUUGAUUUUAUAUUAAGGUUAAGUAAAAUGGAUAUACCGGAGAGUUUAUAA